AUGGAUGGGCUCGGCCUCCUCGUCCUGCUCACCGUGGCCGGGCUGGUGCACGGAACAUGGGACAACUGCGGAGUGAGCUGCGGGCUCCGAGCUCUGCCACCUCUCUACAGUCUUAUACCUAAUGACUAUGGCAACAUGUCUUAUGAUGUGACACGUGUCGUGGGUGGCGCAGAUGCCCUGCCAGGGUCUUGGCCCUGGAUCGUCAGUAUCCAGCACCCUUGGGUACCAGAUCUGAGGCAUCUGUGUGGAGGGUCCCUCAUUGGCCACCAGUGGGUCCUCACGGCAGCUCACUGCUUUGACCAGAUCACGAAUAUCAACAUGGUGUAUGUGGUGAUUGGGGCCACCCAGUUGACUCAGCCAGGCCAUGAGGUACAAGUGCGCCAUGUCAAGCAGGUGCUGAUACACUCGUACUACAAUGCGGACAACAUGAGAUACGAUAUUGCCCUGAUGGAAUUGGACCAUCCUGUUGAGUGCAGCCCCUACAUCCAGCUGGCCUGUGUGCCCGACGCCACACUGAUAGUGUCAGAGCUGCAAAACUGCUGGGUGGCUGGCUGGGGUUACACUACUGCAAGAGCUCCAAAAUCAAGCGAUCACCUGCAGGAGGCCAAGGUCCAGCUCAUCGAUCUCCAGCUCUGCAACAGUAGCCACUGGUACGCAGGGAAAAUCCACACCCACAACUUGUGUGCUGGUUACCCAGAGGGCAACAUCGACACCUGCCAGGGUGACAGCGGUGGUCCUCUCAUGUGCCAAGAGAAAAACAGUGACUACUGGUGGGUCAUUGGUAUAACCAGCUGGGGGAAAGGCUGUGCCAGGGCAAGGCGGCCUGGAGUCUACACUUCCACUCAGUACUUCUUUGACUGGAUCCUGUACCUGAUGAGCCUGAGCCCAGAUGGAAGUUCCACUCCAACAUCACGGGCAUGUAGUCAUUAUUUGACCACUUCACACCCCUGGCUUUUUUAUAUUACCACGCGACAACCCUCUCAGAAGCCAUGGCCAAGACCAACUCUCUCUCUAAAACCAAUGCCAGUACCAACAACAUUGGGCAAAGUUAACUCCUGCCCAUUUCCCAUCAAGAUUCUGGUGGAAUUCUUUACUCAAAUGAAGAAACUCCUUGAGCAGAUCUUUGGGCAAAGCACAUCUUAA